CAUGGCAUUGGACCGAAAAACAAAAGGAAAAGCAAAGCAAAGCCCUAAAAAUCAGACAAUAUGAUAACCAAUAUGAUAUGAUACUAAAACUAGUUAUUGUGUUCCUUUUAUUAUUUUUAUUAUUUUUUUCCAUUACUAUAACUCAACAUCCUAUAAUUCAUGGCUAAGCCCAACUUUCCCGAGAAACAAACAUGGGGAACGUGGGAGGAGCUCCUAUUAGCCUGCGCCGUCCACCGCUACGGCACCGAUAGUUGGGACUCCGUCGCCGCCGAGUUGCGCAAGCGAACUUCCACGCUUCACCUCCUCACUCCUCAUUCCUGUAAGCAUAAAUACAACGACCUAAGGCGUCGUUUCACUCGAAACGACGUUGUUUCCGUCGCCGACACUGAUGGAAUCGCCGUCUCCAUUCCUUUCCUUGACGAGUUGCGGCGACUCCGAGUCGCUGAGCUCCGCCGUGAAGUCGAACGUUAUGACGUCUCUAUUGUGUCUUUGGAGUCCAAGGUGGAGAAAUUAAAAGAGGAGCGCGAAGAGAGUUUGAAAGAGAAGAACGAUAAUGGAGCAGAAAAAGCGGAUCUGAAGAGAGAAAGUAAGACUGAGUUAGUCAAACCAGAAGAUGCGUCGCCGGAAAAUAUGGCCGAAAAAGCGGCUUCAGGCGACGGUCUCGUCCACGACGAACGUUCUUUCGAUGAGUCGAAUUCGACGAAUCUAAAAGGCGAGUUUCCCGAAGCCGAAGCCGGAACAACCGAGAAAGAAACGGCACUGUUCGAACCGGGCGCAACCGGCGGAGAACCGAACCGAGUCAGGGAGUGCGGAAAAGCGGCAGUGGAGGAUUCAUACAACGGAAGCUCCGAGACGAUAGCGAAGGAAUCUGCGGCGGUGUCGCCGGUUCAGGAGUCCGAGAAGGUUAACUCGGAAAAGAAUGGCGACGGCGACGGCGGCGGAGACUCGGCGGAGUCGAAAGGAGGAGAGGAGGGUACGAAGGAGGUUUGUAGUAGUGAGAUGCAGAGCUCGACCAGUUUGUCGAGGAAGAAGGUAGAGGAACCGGACGGAGAGGACCAAUCUGGGGCCACCAAGCGGGCCUCAAAUGAAUCUCAGUCGUUGAUUGAUUUUCUCGAGAUCCUACGGACUCACAAGUCUGGAUCGUUUUUCGAGCGCCGGCUAGGAAUCCAGAACAAAGAACUAUUGCAGGAGACACCCAAGUACAACAACACGAUUCGAAAACAUAUGGAUUUUGAAAUGAUCCGAAACAGACUAGAGGAAGGCCGGUACUCUGGCUGCAAGAGCAAGUUCUUCCGUGAUGUGCUGCUCAUCUUUAACAACGCCAUUGUUUUCUUCGGAAGAAAGUCCCAAGAAUCCAAGGCUGCCAUUGAGCUUCGGCUCCUUCUUCUCAAGGAGAUGGAUCUUAAAACCACCAAGAAGAAAGUUCCAUUGCCGCCGAAAACCGAAACUCAAGCACCGUCUGUGAAGCAAGAACGGGAAGAAGAGGAAGAUGAUGAAGAAGAAGAAGAAGAAGAAGAAGAACCUUCCAAAAUGUUGCUCCGGAAGCCAAAACUUUCAGUCCCAUUGAAUGCUUGUCGAAAACGCAGCUCAAUCACAGCCAGAGCUUCCACAUCUUCUUCAGGAGCUGAAAGGAAAAAAGAGUCAACAAGUGCAUUGCUUGAUGUGAAAUCAGCAAUGAGCUGGAAGCAAAGCGAUAAGUCCAGUUCGGACAAAGCAGAGGAGUUCUCCAGCACGAAGAAAAAAAGGAAAGAGAGGUUUAGGGCAGGCACGAGGAACAGCUCGAGCAAAAAUGGGGCGAGUCGUUCUAGUGCUGAGAUCAACAAGAACUCGGGUUCUGUCACCAAUGCUGGUGCUUCAACAAGAGGAGGUAGCAAUGAGAAUUCGGCAUCUAAAGCAGCAGCAGUAGAUAAGGAGAAGAAUAACAGCAGUAGUACAGCUAGUGGAAAGAAGAAAAGCGCAACAAAUUUUUUGAAUAGGAUGAAACGUAGUUCGUCGUCUAACAAUGGGCCGUUGCUAGAGACGUUAAAGGUUUCUGAUAACAGCAGCCGAGGUGGGGCUGAGCAGAGGAAAAAUGAGAGUGGAAAGGGAAGCAGCAGGCAGAAAGAGCAAGCCUCACGGCGAGCCUCUGGUAGUAAACAAGAGAAGGAGAAGGAGAAGGAGAAGGAGAAAGAAAAAGAACAAGAGAGUCCUGCCAAGAGGAGCGUCGGGCGGCCCUUGAAGCGAGCGGCUGCUACUCCUACUACCGUUGUUCCGGUGAAAAGGAGCAGACAGUCUGUUGAAACUGAAGUAAUGCCUCCUAGGAAUUCAAAGAAGCGCUCAAGGAAAUAAUAAAUAGAUGAGUUAAUUGGUUUUUGAUUUGACUAACGUAGGUAAGUGUGGUGAAGAUGGUUUUGCCAAACGGGACGAAUUGGGAUUUUGGUGGUAGGUGGGUCUCUUUUCAUUUGUUGUUAUUAGUCCUACUUCUUAGGUUAACGUUUGGCUGCACUUUAAUAGGGGGUGUUUGAUUAUUAAGAGCCAUGUUUUUUUUUUAGCUGCGUUUUGAUAUCCUUCCCCCACUGUUUACAUCAAUCAAUGUAUAUAUGAUAUAUUAUCUCUUUAUA